GGCGGCUGCAGCAGAGGGGCCGAGAGCUGGCGGCGGCGGUGGUCGUGAAGGGCAUCGGCGGCGGCGGCGGCGGUGAUGGCACCGACGAUCUGAAGAUGGAAAGAGCCAGGCGGAGGGGAGGCGGCGGCGGCGGCGGCGGCGGCGGCGGCGGCAAGAAUGUAGGGGGCUCUGGCCUAAGCAAGAGUAGACUCUAUCCCCAGGCCCAGCACUCCCACUACCCCCACUACGCCGCGGCGGCCACCCCCAAUCAGGCCGGGGGCGCGGCCGAAAUCCAGGAGCUGGCCUCCAAACGAGUGGACAUCCAGAAAAAGAGGUUUUACCUCGACGUGAAGCAGAGCUCGCGGGGCCGCUUCCUAAAGAUAGCCGAAGUGUGGAUAGGGAGAGGCCGGCAGGACAAUAUCAGGAAGAGUAAGCUGACCCUGUCCCUGUCUGUGGCCGCGGAGCUCAAGGACUGUCUGGGGGACUUCAUCGAGCACUACGCCCACCUGGGCCUCAAGGGCCACCGGCCCGAGCACGGCCACGGCAAGGAGCCGGGCUCCCGGAGGAGGCAGAAGCACGCGGCACCCUCCCCGCCCGUGUCCGUGGGGUCGGAGGAGCAUCCGCACAGUGUCCUCAAGACGGACUAUAUAGAGAGGGACAAUAGGAAGUAUUACCUGGACCUCAAGGAGAACCAGCGGGGUCGCUUCCUGAGGAUCCGGCAGACCAUGAUGCGGGGCGCUGGCAUGAUAGGCUAUUUUGGCCACAGUUUGGGCCAGGAGCAGACGAUCGUCCUCCCAGCCCAGGGGAUGAUCGAGUUCCGGGAUGCCUUGGUUCAGCUGAUCGAAGACUAUGGCGAAGGGGACAUCGAAGAACGCAGAGGUGGGGACGACGACCUGCUUGAACUCCCGGAGGGGACUUCUUUCAGAGUGGACAAUAAAAGGUUCUACUUUGAUGUGGGCUCUAAUAAAUAUGGAAUUUUCCUGAAGGUAAGUGAGCUCACAAAUUAUCCUAAAUCCAGAGAGAAUAUCAACCCUUUUCACUGUUGCCAAACCAAGCAUAAGGAUGCUACAAAGACAGUUGAGGAAUAAGGAAUAAAUCUCUCAUGUUCCACUUCAGAAUAAAGGCAUUUGGUGAAAGGAAUGAACUGAAGUUCAUCAUGAAUGCAAGGCCUCUGUACUUGGCAUUCCUGCACGGAAGGGAAGACAAGUAUCAACAGCAUUGGCAUCAUUGUCAAACUGAUCUCAUGUGGUACCUUCUACCACACUGGAAUCCUUCUUGACUCUAUCAGGAUUUUGUCUUUUUUGUUUUUGUUUUUUAAUUCAUCCAGCCUUUCAGUUUUCAAACCACCAUUUGUCAGCAUUGAGGGAGAGAGACAUAUAGAUUUGAAAAUACUUUCUUAAGAGAUCAUGUAACUAUAUAACUCUGAAUUUUAAAAAUUGAGGGGGGAGGGAUAAUUUCAACCCACUCUCUCUUACAAGAAUCAUUUUUUAAAAUCUGUAACUGCUUUAGUGUUAACAGGGUACAAGGUGUUUUUUGUCCUGUAUUGUACUUAAAAGGUUCUCAUUGAUUGUGAUUGUAUUGUACUGUAUGAAAAGAAAUCAUAAAUUGCCUUGUAUUGCUCAGAAUAGACCAUACCACAUACCACUUCUGUUCUCAUGUUCCAAGUUUUUUGGUGAUGCAUGUUAACAGUUAGGUCCUAAAAUUCUGUGGUGCUAAUUCUUCCAUAUCCGAUGGUGCUUUUGUGGAUGCUAACUGCACACAUGCUGAACAAGGCUUGAAGUUCAAAACUUUCCUCCCUUCUUCUGUUUAUAUGAAGUAAAAUAAAAUAACUUGAAUUUGUCUCAAAGUA